AUGGCAAUUCUUGGCUACCAACUGGUCUCCACUUUGAUUGGCAUCAGUUUACUUACUAAGCUCAGUGCUCAUUUUUCGUUUACUCGAGUAUUUGUGUAUGGCGGCAUAUAUCGCAGUCUUUUGCCAACUAAUAAGGAAAUUUUGGAAAACGCAGGACUCACGAAGAUUAGGUCAAAAGGAAGACGAAACAAUGGCGCUUGUGUGGGUGGUAAUUGCGAUGGUCGUAGUGACCCUAUUACCUUCCAUUUCCCUCGUUCAACUCCUUUCAAACUUCGGAGGGCUGAGGUUCAAUGUCACGAAAUCUCUAUUCUGCCAUUCUAUACAGAUCUUGUGUGGCUUGUUGAUUUCUCUCUAUGUGCGUUGUUCGUCCUUUUCAUUAACGAUUUUGCCUCCUUUUUCCGAUACAUUCUGCCUCCUACUUCAUCAGCCAAUAAGACCACCUCAUUUUUUUUAUCUGUUCAUGGAUUUUUCACCCCUAGUACCGUCAAUUUGAACCUUGUAUGGAGUCUUUUUAUUGUCUGGUUUGCGAUGGGUUCCCUUUACUCCGUUCUUUGUGUCUAUCUUGGUCGUGGUGAGAACAGGGCAAAGGUGAAUGAAAGAAAUGUCAGUUCUUCUGAGUGGCCUCUUCUUAUGGUUACUGGAUUCUCCUCAUUUAUUGCUGCAAUGUUGUGUCUUUCUCUUGACGCUAGCUUUCUGGACUUACGCCUAUUGCCAGCCUACGGCAAUUUGACCUUUUCAUUUUCACCAAAAACCUCAAAUGUCUCGGCAAUUAGUUGGGGCAUGUUUCAGGCCUGUCUCGCAUCUUACGCCGCUGUAGUUGGAAUAUUGUUCGUUUUUCCCAGCCUCCAAUAUGGACGCAUUUAUGUUCAAACACUGCGGGACCCCAAUUCUUCGUGGUUGAUACGCGUUCUCUUUAAUCUCAAUCUCAUCGCACCCCAGUUGACUCUUCUCCUUUGGGUUGUGCCGCUGACAGCUCGAUUGCCCGCCCUGCUGCUACAGCACGCAGGAACUGCUCUGGGUGGAGCCCAAAUGAGUACUACUUUGCUUUCCGUUAUUGUACCCUGUGCUCGCGCUUUCUCCUCCGAACGGAUCUGCAGCUUGCGUCUCCUCUUCACUCUCUUCACCGUUAUUCUCCGUAUCGCAAUGACAAAGAGACACAUGCAGGCUUUCCUAGACACUGCGCAAACGCAUCUUGAUCGUCUAAAUCGCGAGCCAGGUCGCAUUACUAACCGCGAAGUGCAGCGCAUCGUGGCCAGCGUCUUCCAUUGCUUCAAUUUCGCCGCUCUCCAAUACCUCGCGCCCUCCAUACUUCUUGCUGGUCUUGCUUUUUCCUACAAGGCCUCUACUGGUACGGGGUGGCUUCCCCUGGCCCCACAGAUCACUGUGGCUCCCUCAUCGCCUACUUCAUUGAUGUCGGCAUUAGAGGCUUUCGCAGGGCAGGACUGGGAUUUGGUCUUUACGGCACCCUGGUUUUCUGCCCUCCAACACACUCGUGAGGUCUUCGGAGAGCUAUGGGAGUCGUUGCGAUGCCAGGCUGGUUAUGUUUGUCAGGGAGUUCUCGGAUUUACCCUUUUUUGGUGCCUUGCCGCGUGGCAGGCCGUUGCAGUUACCGGUGUAGCCUAUCACCGCUUUGUAGAUUAG